UGCAGGGUCCCGGUGCUGCCCUGAGGGCGGCCGUGGUUGCACAGCGGCGCCAUUGGCGGAGCGUCUGUGCGGGCCCGUGAGCGGCGGCAGCAGCGGCCGGAGCCCGGGGAGGCGGCGGCGGAGCUCGGAGGCGGCCGGAGCGCAGGAUUUGUCAUUCUCAAGCUUUGGCCAGAUGGAGGAAGAGGAAAAGCACCAGAGAUCCCCCACAAGGAGAGGCUGCAAAUCCGGCCCAGAGAGCUGCAAGGAAGAAAGACUCCCCCUGUGCUGGUGAGGCCAGAAAUCCAGACACAGUUUGGAGCUGGUGGAGAAGCCUGAAGCUUGGGAGAACCUCCACAAAUGCUUGGAAUGUCGGAAGGGCUUCAGCCGGAGCUCAAACCUGAUCCAGCACCAGAUGUUCCACACCGGUGAACGUCCAUAUGAGUGUGGGGAAUGUGGGAAGAGCUUAAGCCGGAGCUCUGACCUGGCCCAGCACCAGAGGAUCCACACUGGGGAACGUCCCUAUGAGUGUGGGCAAUGUAGGAAGAGCUUUAGCUGGAGCUCCCACCUGCACAGCCACCAGAAGAUCCACUCUGGAGAACGGCCCUACAAAUGCUUGGAAUGUGGGAAGAGAUUCAGCUGGAGCUUCAAUCUCACUAAGCACCACCAGAUCCACACUAGGAAAUCACCCUACACGUACUCUGAUUGUGGGAAGAGCUUCAUCCGGCACUCCAACCUCAUCAAGCACCAGAAGAUCCACACUGGGAAAUUGCCCUCCAAGUGCUUGGAAUGUGUGAAAAGCUUUAUCCAGAACUCUGAUCUCAUCAAGCACCACAAGACCUACACUGGGGAAUCGCCCUACAAGUGCUUGGAAUGUGGGAAGAGCUUCAUCUGGAGCUCCACCCUCAUCAAGCACCAGAAGAUCCACACAAGGGAACGGGAACAGCCUUAUGCGUGCUUGGAAUGUGGGAAGAACUUCUCCUGGAGCUCUCAGCUCAUCAUCCACCAGUGCAUCCACACUGGGGAGAAGCCCUACGAGUGUGGGGAGUGUGGGAAGAGGUUUCGGACCAGCUCACAGCUCUUCCUACAUCAGCCAAUACACACAGAGGAGAGGCCUUUCUGCUGCCAUGACUGCGGGAAGUGCUUCAAGCAAAACUCAUACCUCGUCAUCCACCAGCACAUCCACACCGGGGAGAGGCCCUAUGAGUGUGGGGAGUGUGGGAGGAGGUUUUAUACCAGCUCCCAUCUCCUUCUACAUCAGCCAAUACACAUGGGGGAAAGGCCCUUCUGCUGCCCCGACUGCGGGAAGGGCUUUAAGCAAAACUCCCGUCUUGUCACCCACCAGUGCGUUCACACUGGGGAGAGGCCCUACGAGUGUCCCGAGUGUGGGAAGAGCUUCUUCAGGAGCUCUCACUUGACCCAACACCAACGGAGCCAGCAGUAGGGGAAGCCCUGUGAGUGCCCUGAGUGUGCGAAGAACUUCGUGCGCUUCUUCGUCCCCCAUGGGAGGAUCCACGUUGGAUGAUCCUCAGUGACCCCGAUGGGCAGAGCCUUGGUGAUUUAUGGUCCUGGUAAGCAAUGUUGGAGAGACACCUGGCUGGUGGGUUCCACAUCUUGGCUCCCCACAGGUACCUGGAUGAACAUGGAGAGGAACAUCCAUCGGGAUGCUGAUUGACUUCAGCAACUCAUUGGGAAGAGCAGACUGUUUGACUUUCAGCCCCAUAAAAUCUCACCUUUGGUUUUCAAUUAUUUCUUCUGGCAUCAGGGAAUACUGAUUCAUCUUGGACAUCUUUUCUAACCUAAAUGAUUCCACAAUUUUAAUUCUCUCUGGCCCACAGGCAUUGUCUUGGGAAUGUUUUUUUAUCCCAUACCAUUUUUGGAGUUUUUUGUUUCUGUGGUGGUUGUUGGUCCCCCCUCACCUCCCCUGGCUCUGGGAGUAUCGGGAUGGGUGAGAGCCAGCCCAGGAUUUCCUAUGAGAGCAGCCAAUCUGUGCAAUGGCCCUGUUGCGUCAUGCCUCUGACAGAGAUACUGUUGCCUUGUGGAUUUUGCCUGUUUCUUUUUGUUUCUUUUGCUUCUUUGUUACUGCAGUGUAAGCGCACUGUGGCUGGGCUUAUUGGUAUCCUUCUCUGGUUCUCUGCUGCUUGGGAGCCCAAAGCCAGUGUGUACCACACCAGCACCUGGGACCAGGAGCCCCCCAGUCCUCUGCCAGGGCCCACCCCCUUUGCACAGCCUGACCCGGGGACUGGCCAUCUCAGAUGACCUACCCAAGGGAGCAAUUUCCCACUCAGCCCUGCUCUUCUCUGCCGCUGCUUCAAGGCUUCUUGGUACACUGUAACCCGACAUCCAGACACCCAGCAGCUUUGGGCAGGGCCCCAGAGUUUCUGCUAUCUUUUUUUUUUUCCCCACUUCCAGGUGUGCUGGCAUCUGCCCUUCCAGCUGCUGUUCCAAGGUUCCUGCUACAGCCCAUUUCGCCACCUGGAGGGGAACUGGGAUCAGCUGCCCCAGUGAGUUUGCCAAGGAAGCCUCUUGUCCCUCUCUCCUGCCAGCCCGCCUGCCAUUGCCACGUGCAGAGAGGCAGCGCCCCCUGCAGCCACGGAGGAGCCAUCGCACCUGCUCUGCCCGGUGGGGAGCCAGCAGUGCCCCUGCCGGCUGUGACCGUAACUGCACCAACGGGGACGGGGCCUGCGGCCGGGAGAGGCUGGGACUGGGUUUGAGGUUUUGUUUGUCUUUGCUGCCGUUGUUAUUGUUUGUUUGCCUUACAUACAUACUAGUAAACAUACAUACUAGUAAACAUACAUAUAUACUAGUAAAUAUACAUGCAUACAUACAUGCAUACGUACAUACAAGUAAGGAACUGUUAUUUUUUCAUGUCUUUGCCUGAAAGCCCCAUCAGCCCCUUAAUUUCAAAUUUAUAAUAAUUCAUAGGGGAGGGGUCAUAUUUUCCAUUCCAAGAGAGGUUUCCACCUUCCUCUAUAGGCACCCCUCUUUCAAACCAGGACAGAUUUUGGCACCCAAUGGGGCCUGAAGGCAUUGAGAGGAAAGAGUGACAAAGGAAUAACAGUUUCUGGGUAACCUACUUUUUUGUGUGGUGGAUAUACAAACCUUGUUGGGCAGCACCAUGUGGUGUUGCCUACCCCAGUUCGAUGAGUGUGUGGUUGUGGCUGUAUUUUUCCCGUUUGCAGCUCCUUAUCUAAACAUGGGUCUUAGGACUAAGGCUACCGUGGCUGUUAUGCAGUGUUUGCACAAUGGGUCAAUAAGGAGAGGAACUAAUGGAUUUUUAUCUUCUUGAAAGUGGGCACAUGGAUACAUGGUUACCACACACUUAAGUGUAUGUUUUUGGGGUUUCAUUGAUAAUGGCACCCAUUAUGAGGAAGUAACACUAGGGGAUGUUUUCUCCCAACCCUUCACUCAUUUCUUUGGGCCUAUCCCAAGAGCUUUCUAAGGGUUCAAAUAUUCUCUAGAUGCCAGUCAUAUCAUACAGUGGCUGGUGUUGCUGAUAAUCCUAUUUUAUUUAGCAUUUAGAGAUAAGGUGAGACUGCCUUGGGUUACCACUCUAACAUCUAGUCACUGUACCUCAGUGACCAGGGAUGCUGCCCCACAGCCUGACACUGCCCAACAGCCCACCUCAUAAAUAAACCACCCAGAUUGGAUGGGGGUAAUGGAGAAGAUACAGCAGGUGCUGAGGGAAUAUACUGCUCCAGCUGGUGGGUAACCCUCUCCCUGCCUCAAAGAGGGAGAGUGAUGGUGCAGCACUGGAACCCAUGGAUAUUACACUUGUCUGGGUUCCAGCUGAACCACACAGGCAGUCACAGCCAGCAGCAGUCACCCCUGUGCAGAGGGGGAGGUAUAAGACAUCCUUAACAGUAUGCCCAGUUGAUUAAUUUUUGAGAGCUGAGACAUGAACAUUUUGAAGCAAAGGAGACAGACAAAGGACAGGGCGAGUUUGGCAAGAAAAAGUAGAAGUCUUUGAUAAGAGUUUACUUGUGGUUUUAGUACGGGGAUUGUGUUUGUAGAUGCUGAUUGCUCGAAUCAUAAUGGGGGUAGUUUUGGUCUGAGAAUCCACUCUGGCCAGACAGAUAGAAGGAACUUUGCUGCAGUGGUUUAAGCUCGACUCGUGGAAGUUUGUGAAGUCAGUAAACUGGUGGAUAGACAGGGGAAAUGAGAGCAUUUAUUUAGAAGGUUUAUAUCAGACGUCUGCUGGGAGACUAGUGGCUUUGGAUUGGGAGCAACCAGCUAUGGAGAAUCUAGAAAGCAAAGGAAGAGUGAAUGGAAUAGCUUGCAUUUGUGGGAAUUUUCCUGCAGCUUUUGGUGCAUCUCGAGGUUAACAUUGUGCAUGGGUGUUACUGCAGUGUGAGAUUUGUGCAGGAUGUUAUUAUUGUUCUUCUGCUAACUGGUACAGAGAAUGUGCCCAGUGUCAACAGCUCCCUGAUCAAGUUGAUUUAGAACCUAAGAUUUUAAAGCUGGUGUGUGGAAAAUCACAUUUAGUACCUGAGCUGUGGGCUGUGCAAGAAGAAGAUUGGAAAGGACUGUAAAAAUCUGUGAAGCCAGGUUUGGGUGGAAGUGAGACAAGAAGCAAAGGAGGAGGUAAUAAGGAUUGGGGUAGGGUGUUGGUUUUGUUAAGGAGAAGGGGAGCGAUGGGAAGCAACCAGAGUAGAGAUCCCCAAAAGUAGCCGUUGAGGCUGUUAUUUUGGCACACUGGAAGGAACUAGUAGGGUAUGGAGGGAUAGAAAAUAAAAGGACCCUAGUGAAAUUUUCCACACAGUGGUGGCCACUUUAUAGGCUUGAAGAGGCAGUCAGGUGGCCCCCAACCGGAACCCUACAUUAUGAGACUUGGUUACAGCUUAUGUUGUUUUUGAGAUGGAACAAAAAAUAGGAAGAAGUGACGUAUACUGACAUGUUUUUCUCCCUCCAGAACCACCCUGAGUGGCAGAGAGAUUGUGGACUUAGGGCUCCCUCUGACCCCUUUGUAUUGGCCCUGGAAAAAGUUAAUGAGACUAGUAGAGGGAGUAUGAAACGGUGUUGUAGUGCAUGCUCCAUAAAUCAACGCUGCACACACCCACACAAGGUCUGACUGUCCUCCUCCGAAACCCAGGAGAGAGAGAGCAUCCCCAACUGCCCAGUCUUUUUUCCGUUUGUAUCUCUGUCGUACCCCCCAUCCCCAGGAGAAACUCACAAAAAACUGGAGGAGUUCCCCAUCCCCACUUUCUUAAGCACACAGCCAUUAGUGCUUCUUAGCAACUCAAUGGGAAAAAAAUCCACAAAUAACAGGGAAAGAAAAGAAAAAAAACCAACCCCCAACAGCUGCGUUGGCGUCUGGCUGCUCGGGUUUUCCGCGCGGCUCUCUCUGCGCACCGUGGUUUUCUGUCUGGCUGAAAAGCUUUUUCGGGCCAGGCAAACAAAGGAUUUCUCCUUUCUUUGGUUGGGAGAGGCUGCAGCGGCGAGCCUCGGAGCUCCUGGAGGCGAACUGAGUAGCGGCUCUGUCGGAGCCCGGGGGCUCCGCGCAGGCAGGAGCGGAGCGGCGCCGCUGCAGCCCAAAGCCGCUGCGAGCCGGGCCGGGCCGGGCCGGGCCGGGCCGGGAGAGAAAUCAGCCCGAGGCUUCAGCGCCGCUGCUUCACCUGCCAGGACCGUGCCCGCGGAGCUCAGCUGGGGAGGACCUCAACGCCGGGCGAGCCCCGGGCUUUCAUCUCCUCUGGGACAGCACCUGGUUGGCUUUUCCCCUGGGGGAGAAGCCGGUGCUACCUGUACCCCGAGUCGUGAGCAGGGAUUUCUCUGGCAUUUUGGGUCUUUCGUCCCACGGUGUGUGUGGGAAGUAAGGGCUGACAACUCAAUGUCUAUUAAUGUUGGUUUUUAAUGGGGUUUUUUUUCAUGCCUUGUGGGCAUUCUGUUUUUUAAUAAAUUGUUGGAGUUUUUUUCACUUUCAUCUAUUAACAUUCAUUUCCUGUUGUGUUGGGGAAGAUGAAACAGGAAAGCCUUACAAAUAUGAUUGCCUGGCAAAAGAUUUUGAGAAUAUAGAAACUAUAAGCGAGAUUGAAAUGAAAGCAAGCUUUGACAUCCCUUAAUUACUGAACAACGGGAAAACAAUGGUGUGGCCGGAUGAAGGUAAUCCCCUCUUGAUGAAACAAUACCCUCUGCAAGCAGGAAGGUCCAAGGGUCAGAGCAGACCCUGCCAGCUUGGCAGAAGGGGUCCGAAGAGUAGAUUUAGGGUUUAAAAUGUACCACAAUAUGGUAAUGUAGUGAUUCUUAUAGGUUGUAUGUAAAUGCUAUAGGAUUUGUAUGCUCUACUAGAUUGGUUAGCAAGAAUCAGAAUAUUCAACACAGAAGAUGAUUUAUUGUAUUGUAACGGGAACUUCGCUCGCUUGCUCUCUUGCUUUUGCUCUUGCUCUUACUUUUCUAUGCUCUUAGCUCUUGCCUUUUACGUUCUUACCCUCUCAUCCUCUCUCUUCUCUCGGGCCUGCUCCGAGCUGCAGCUGGCAGCUCCCAGCAGGGCCCUGUACCCAUGCCCUUUGCAAUAAACCGCAAGUUCCACGA